GAUGCUCACUUUGGAUUCCAUUGCUACCAGUUUUUCCUCCACCUGAGGGAGAGUUCUGGCUGGUUGGUCCUUCGAGCCGUGGAGGCCGGCCCGCCCCAGCCCUCCCGGGGAGCCCCCCACCGCUCGCCAGCUGCUGGAGUGUGCACAGCCCUUCCUGGCCGUGGCUGCUGUUCCCGCGUUGUCCGUGCUUCUGAGAAGUACCUGCUGGUAACCUGGGGAUUCUCAGAUUCCUCAGACACACCGCCGCACUCUGCCGCUUCCCUGCCAGCUGCUGGUGGCACGUGGGCCGUCCCGCUGUCUGCGGCCUCUUCACCCACUCCCAUUCGGGGUUUGUGGCGGUGGGGGAUGUUGUCACCCGCUCUUGUUGGAGAUGCUGUCCCUGGGGUUUGAGGCUUGCUCUCCAGUUGUCCUGGUUGGGUUUUCUGGGGAAAUUUCGGGAGAUGAGACCGGUGAGCUGGCGGUCCCACCCCCUUCAGUAGCAGUGAACCUUUGGACGUGGCGGUUUGUACAGACGUCAAGAGGCCGGCCGUGACGGCCUCUGCUCUGCGCGACGGCUUUUCGGGAGGAAGGAAAAGUCAGUCUAGACUGUGCUAAUGAUCACAUUUAGGCUGUGGGAAUAAAACUGAGAGUAAAAGCUAACCACAUACUUUGGAGGAAAAACGCUUUUUGUUGACCACCGUUUCUGUUGAGUAGAAGUGAAGAUGCCUCGAGUAAAAGUGGCUCAGGCUGGAAGACAGGGCCCCACAAAGAGACAACUUGCCGAACACUUUGCAGCUGGGGAGAUCAUCACUGACAUGACCAAGAAGGAGUGGAAACUAGGAUCCCCCAUCGGCCAGGGCGGUUUCGGUUGUAUAUAUCUUGCUGAUCUGAAUUCUUCGAAAUCUGUGGGCAGUGAUGCACCCUGUGUUGUAAAAGUGGAGCCCAGUGACAACGGACCCCUCUUUACUGAACUGAAGUUCUACCAGCGAGCUGCCAAACCAGAGCAAAUUCAGAAGUGGAUUCGUACCCAUAAACUGAAGUACCUGGGUGUUCCUAAGUACUGGGGGUCUGGUCUACAUGAUAAAAAUGGAAAGAGUUACAGGUUUAUGAUAAUGGAUCGCUUUGGGAGUGACCUUCAGAAAAUAUACGAAGCAAAUGCCAAAAGGUUUUCUCGGAAAACUGUCUUGCAGCUGAGCUUAAGAAUUCUGGAUAUUCUGGAGUACAUUCACGAGCACGAGUAUGUACACGGAGACAUCAAGGCCUCAAACCUUCUUCUGAGCUACAAGAAUCCUGACCAGGUGUACUUGGUAGAUUAUGGCCUUGCUUACCGGUAUUGCCCAGAAGGAAUUCACAAAGAAUACAAAGAAGACCCCAAAAGAUGUCACGAUGGCACGAUCGAAUUCACCAGCAUCGAUGCGCACAACGGCGUGGCCCCAUCAAGACGUGGUGAUUUGGAAAUACUGGGUUAUUGCAUGAUCCAGUGGCUUAGUGGCCAUCUUCCUUGGGAGGAUAAUUUGAAAGAUCCUAACUAUGUUAGAGAUUCCAAAAUUAGAUACCGAGAAAAUAUUGCAGGUUUGAUGGACAAAUGUUUUCCUGAGAAAAAUAAGCCAGAUGAAAUUGCUAAAUACAUGGAAACAGUGAAAUUACUGGACUACGCCGAGAAACCUCUUUAUCAGAACUUGCGAGACACUCUUCUGCAAGGACUGAGAGCCAUAGGCAGCAAGGACGAUGGCAAGCUGGACCUCAGCCUUGUGGAGAACGGAGGCCUGAGAGCAAAAACAGUAUCAAAGAAGCGAAAGAAAGGAAUCGAGAGCACAGAAUCCAGUGUUGAAGAUAUGGAAUGCUCAGAUACACAGACAGAAGAGGCCACACAAACCCGAGGUGAGGAGCCCCGAGGAGCCGUGCGUGGAAGCCUGUCUCAGCCAGAGACUAGCAGCAGCCAUGACAGUUCGAAAGCCAGGAAGAGAGUCCAGAAGUAAAUCAAAUGCUGUCAGCUGAUUUUUCUUUUCUUCCUUUCGUUUGGCUUUCUCCUCUUUUUCUAUUUUCAACGUCUCAUUUUCAUGGGAGUCUUUUAGGGUAGGGCUAACCAUGAAGUACCUAUGUCUUUGAAAAAUAUGAACUUUUUUAUUAAAUACUUUGUACAAUUUAUUAAAGGCCAAUUUAUAAAAUUUAAAAUCUUUAGGUUAUACUCUUGGAGCUAUCCCAGGCUGUGUGUGUUUGAGGUUCUGGAGUAGAGAGGACAAAAACUACCAUGCUGUGUACUUUUCAAAUCAUUGUACGUUGCCCAGAGUGUGUAAGUGUGCUUAGACAAAGUCCUUACCUUGAAGGAAGUAACAGCCUUAAAAUAAAAGUCUCUUUGCGUGAUAACAAAUACACCA